AUGGGAUGCACCUUAUCUAGCACGGGAGACGCAGUGGAUCCGGCCGUCUCUGAAGACAGGAGGGGCUCAGCACUGGCUCUGGAGGCGAAAGGGACGGAUCCUGGCAGCCAUGGGGAGCGGGAGGAAGCCUUUCCCCUCUCCGCGGCCCAGAAGGACUCGGUCCGGGAGUCCUGGAGCGUCCUCCAUAAGAACAUCGCUCGAGUGGGGAUCAUUCUCUUUAUUGGGCUAUUUGAGACCCACCCUGAGUGCAAAGACAUGUUUUUCCUCUUCCGUGACGUGGACGAUCUGCAGCAGCUGAAGAUGAGCAAGGAACUGCAAGCUCAUGGCCUCAGAGUGAUGUCCUUCAUCGAGAAGAGCGUGGCCCGACUCGAUCAAGAAGACAAGCUGGAGGUUCUUGCCUUUGAGCUGGGAAAGAACCACUUCCAUUAUAAAGCUCCUCCCAAAUACUACGAGUAUAUUGGAAUUCAAUUCAUCCAGGCUGUUCGACCAAUUCUCAAAGAAGAUUGGACUCUGGAAGUUGAGAGAGCCUGGGAGGGUCUCUUCAGAUACCUGGCAGCUGUGAUGCGCAGGGGCUUCCAUAAUGAAGGAAAGAGACUGGGGGCCAGCCCCCUUCUUCCCCCACAGACGGCUGACCUGGAAUCCGCUCCAGAUCAAAACUGA